AUGAAGCAGACGGAGCGCAUCUUCUUCAUUUCACCCAAGCUCCAGUGGAGACGCCUGACGCAGGUGAAGGACCGAACGCUCGGCGAGGGCAGAACGAACUCGGAGGUCAUCUCGAACGUGCCCGUGCAGCCAAUUCAGGGCUUGACCUUUGUGUCCCCGGAAACCAAGAAGGCCAUCAUCCCGUCGACGCACGACACAGGGGGAACGAAGCCCGAAAGCAAGAGAUUGGGCCGGCGCUUGGAGAAGAUCCGGAAGAAGCUGGGCAUGCAGGGGGUUUCUGCCAGAGCAGUCCUGGAUCUCUGCCCCGGAGACGGGGGCCUGGCGUUGGAAGCCGCCCGAAAGGGCGCAGUGUACGCUGCGAUUGCCAAGAACGACGCGCAUCGAGAGUGGCUGGUGCGGGAGAGGCUGGCCAUGACGAAAGAGGGCGGCGCACUGACCGACGAGGGCUUCGCAAAGGAGUGGCAGGAGGUCAUCGGUGAUGAUGCUGAGCCCGACGAAGCUGAAGAGGGGGCAGAGGCCGAGUCGGGAGCAGAGAACGACAGCUCCGGCGCAGAGUCCUAG